AAAACCCCCUCUCAACCUUCCCUCUAAUUCUCCUCACCAACAAUCACCAUCUUUCACAUCCCACAAUGUCUCAACCACAAACCAACCCCAGUUCCACAGGCAAGAUGUGGGACAAGACCAAAGUCUUCGGCAAGAAGACCUUCGACAAAGGAUGGGAGGCCCUGGACAAGCUGGGCGGUCCCGUGAACCGCCUAUCCAACAAACUGGGCGCAGAAGCCUUCUGGCCCAUGUCCAUCGACAAGGAGAGCGACAAGGCGGCGCGGAUCCUGCGCAGCUUCUGCAAGGAGGGGGUGUACAUCGACGAGAAGGCCGAGAGCGCGCCGCCCGUCAGCGGGCCCGAGGCCUCCAAGGAGAAGGAGAAGAUCGAUAAGCCGCGGGGCAAGCAGAAGGUGCUGAAGAAGAUCCCGGCGGAAGUCAUCCGGCAGGCGAAGGGACUUGCCAUCUUCACGGCGAUGCGAUGGGGCUGGGGCUUCAGCGGCGCGGGGGGUAGCGGUGUUCUGAUCGCGCGCGACCCGCAGUCGGGCCAGUGGACGGAGCCCUCGGGCAUCCUCCUGCACACGGCGGGCGUGGGCUUCCUGGCGGGCGCGGACAUCUACGACUGCGUGAUGGUGAUCAACACGUACGAGGCGCUGGAGGCCUUCACCAAGCUGCGGGUCACGCUGGGGAGCGAGGUCAGUGUCGCGGCCGGCCCGAUCGGCAUGGGCGGCGUCGUUGAGAGCGAGGUGCACAAGCGCCGCGCCCCCAUCUGGACCUACAUGAAGUCUAAGGGUCUAUACGGCGGUAUUCAGAUUGAUGGGUCGAUCAUCGUCGAGCGCAGCGAUGAGAAUGAGAAGUUCUACGGCCGCCGAGUGCCAGUUAAGGAUAUCAUCGCCGGGCAGGUCCGCUCGAAUAACCCCUCCGUGAGAGGCCUGGUGCAUACCAUCCAUUCCGCCGCGGGCCAGGCCAACUUCGAUCAGGCGCCGGCUGGUGUGCAGAUUCCCACCGGCCCCAGUCCGAGCGAUAUCCCCCCGGAGCAGCUGGCUAACAGCGACAUGUUUCACGCUCAGGCGCCCGGCGCGCCCCCGCCUGAGGCCGUGCAGCACCAUCCGGAGCAGUAUCAGAUUCCGCCGAACAGUAACCUUCCUUACAAUCCACCCAGCCAGGGGCAAUACCACCCUGAGCAAUAUAAUCAGGGCCCGCCCAACCCCCAUGUGGGUUACAAUCAGGGCCCGCCGUCUGGUCCGCAAUACCAUCCCCAGCAUUACAACCAAGGACCGCCCAAUACCAAUGUGUCCUACAAUCAAGCACCACCGGAGAAUGCGCAGUACUAUUCGGGACAGCACAACCAGGUACCGCAAAACAGGUACUGAGAUACAGGGAGCGGAUUGGAGAAUGUUACCAAGUGCGAGGGCUUGCUUUCUAUGGUUAUCGGACUAGCACGUUUAUUUGAGUUUUACACAUUCAUUGGCAUGUGGCAUCUGAUAGCGCUUAUUGUAAUGACUCUAUUCUGCAUUGAAUGACUGUCACGAACAGAAAUAUGAUUUGCCUGGUGCUAUGCAUGCAACGCGGGGUGACGAUUCUGUCGAGC